CGCGGCGAAACAGAAAGUUGUGCACUCGCCCCGUCCGAUGCAGCUGAGCUGACGCCGUUCACUCCCUGAAUCCCGCGCUCGCGCGCGCGCCCACUCCUGCCUUCUCCGCUUAUCCAUCCGUCGACGCCGCCACUUGCUCCGCGUGCUCCGACGCGCGAGAGCAUCAUCCACCGACGCAGCAGCGUCUUCCGCUGCGAGGCGUGACUGAGCCUGCGGUUCGUCCCGUUCCCCAUACGUUACGCCGCGUCAUCGGCGCCCGUUGGUCUUCUUCGCUCGUGCGCGUGUGUUUCUGUGUGUGUCAGCGUCGACUAACUGAGGAUUAACUUCUGUGUGGUGGGCCUGUCGAGGUGCAAAAGAGUGACGCGAUCUCUUGAGGAAGGGCGUCAAUCUUGUUUCCUCUCCGCCGUGUCGUGGUGGACUUGUUGUCUCGGUGCGCGCUCUUCUGAUCGUCGACCGGUGUGCGUGACGGGCUAUACCGUUCUUGGAAGAAGCACGCCGAAGAGUUUGUUCCGACGCUGUGAAAAAGAUGCCUGGUUCCCCGUCUAAAGUGGCGACGAUGUCGAUCGCUGGCUGCGCCUUGGCGCUCUGCUGUCUUCUGAGCUGUGCCGAAGCUGGACGCCACCGAAUUCCCGUAGAGGCUGCGCAGUUUGGCAACGACACGGCCGUGAAAUCGGCGUACCUGUUCACCCCGAGGAGGAGCGCAAAGUUCCCCAUUAUGCGGCCCAGGCUGAGGACCACGACGAGAAGUCCGCUGCCCGACCCGCCGCCAACCACGCCCCGUCAAGAGAACCUGCAGGUGAAGCGGCAAGCGGUGCUCGAGUCGGUGCUUAAGCAGGCGGACAUCUUCGAGCUGUCGUCCUCGGACUUCAGCCCUGCGGUGGCGUGGCCCGUGCCCCGCCGGCCGGCGUCGCGCCGGUUCCGGCCCAACGCCGUCCCGCAGCCGUCCACGUCGAGGCCGCUGCUCAAGCUGCGACAGCCGAAGCCCACGAGACCCCCCGCGUACUCGCUGGACGGCUUCGUGCCCAAGCCGUCCAUCAUCCGCAUCACCACCACCGAGGCGCCGCCGCACAUACGCAAGCUGUACGCGACGCCCAAGACCGAGGCUCCCCCUUUCCGCAAGAACACGCCGCGCUUCGGAUCCAAGAAGUCUAAGACAAAGCCGUUGACGAACGAUUAUGACGACGACGGCCACUUCCGGAAAGGCCGCAAGCACCAGGACUCCGGUGGCCGCAAGAGCGUGCAGCGCAUCAUGGGCAGCCGGGGACCUCGCAAGGGCAUCCCGGGAAUCGACUAUCCGAACUUCCACCGCAUCCCGACCACGGGCUUCGACUGCAACGACAAGCAGUUCCCCGGCAUGUACGCCGACACUGAUGCCGGCUGCCAGGUGUGGCACAUGUGCACCGGAGUUCCUAACCUGGGAGCGAGACACAGCUUCCUCUGUCCCAACGGCACCAUCUUCAACGAGCGGAGGGGUGUCUGCGAUUGGUGGUACAACGUGGAAUGCAGCGAAUUCACCCUCUGAGCUCAAACCAGUCGUUCUCCUCGAAGCGUGUACGGAUCCGGCCGGACGCAUACAUCAGCUUGCGUUUCUAACGCACGCCUCGUGUUCGCGCACAACGACGCUUUCGGGACACUGCGCACAACGACACACGCCGCCGCGGCCUGCGCUGUUGUCCCGACAAAGCAAAACGCGUUAGAUCCUCCACGUUACGUCAACGCGACCGCGUCUGUUCUAAAAUUAGAAACAAAAAUGUGUAAGCGAAUAUUAGGUGCAGCUAUAAUCAAGGCGCCAACGAGACAGGCACAGAAUUCAGCUUGCUGCUCGAAAGUUUGCAUACGGGGUUAGGUUUUUGGCUGACUGCAGGGAGCGGACGCUAUAGCUGAGUGAUCUCUAGUGUGUCCUAACUUGAGCGUUUUUUUUUUUUUGCUUAAAUCUGACUCGCAAGGGUUAGAGAUGUUCAACAAGACAGUUUUGAUUCUCGGGACACACGAAUAACGCCAUUUUACGGCACAAAUUCCUCUGCCAAACAGUGUCAUGAUAAGAACAUUCCUAUAAUUUCACGUGGGAAACGUACCUCAGCGGUUCAGAGCAGUAACACGUGUCACGUAAAGAUAGGAGCCGACAGAUCAAAACACACAACUGCUGUCUAACGUGUGUCAAGGGAUUAUACCGUAGAUAUUUAGCGGCAUACACGCUGGACAUCUUCUGACGUUGCUGUCGCCCGACGUCAGUGCGUUCAUUUUGAGUUGUACGAUAACCGCGUUGUAAUUUAAGACAAAUUGUUUUCUGUGGAUUUGUAGCUUGAAGAGUAUACCACCAGAUGUGGCACCAAAUGGCCAUUAGACGGCGUGGGUAUUACAUUUCUUGAAAUGAAUUUGCCUAAGCCUAGCGACGUGACGCCAGAAGAUAUGUUGCUGAAACGGUUCGUGAGUUUGCCACUUAGAGCGUUGGACACUUGAACUGCUCUUAACACAGCUAGUGCCCAUGUCAUUCGUUAUGCCAAGUACACGUGUCUAUAAACGAAGUUGCCAAACUACUGGCUCCGCGGUAUUUUGCGCAGCUUAUGUACAAAAGCGUAUCUAGCACCGACUACCGAUGCUUAUUACUACUGAGAACUUUAUCAACAGGUGAAAGAGGUAAUAAUUUAGAGCAACGUCUAAGUUAAACGAUUGUGCCUACUUUUCCCGAGGCGCUCAUGUGUAUCGCUACUGUCACGAGCACUCUCAUCGAAGGAAUGAAUUGUAUGCAACUUGAUGAUCAGCGGCGCCUGAUCACCCCUGACCUCAAGGUGGCAUAGCCGAUUUGGAGAAGGUUUGAACGAGUACCUGCAACCACGUUGUGGCCUGUUCUCUCGUUGUGUUAUCUUGUGAGCGUCCUCUUCUUCCAAGCAGCUGUCGUGAUCGUGCGUCGUGUUAUGCCAGUAUAGUUAGUUACCCAGCAAUAUGUCACAAUGUCCUCACUCAAAGAAUGCGUUCAGCGCAUGCGGUAGUCAAGCCUGAACCAACGCCACAUAGUACGCGACGUCCGCAUCAUGGUUAGCAUACACUAUCUGACUGUGCUAUCUGAGAUACAGUUGUCCUUUGUAGAGCGUGCGGACCUGGCUUUUAUACGGAACAAACAGUGACUAUAAGAAAGUCCACGAAGAAAGACCAGAUGAGUCCUAUAACGGAUUCAGCAUGGGCCGAAAAACGGCUGUUCUGUGCUUGCACCCUAAGCAAAGUUGAUGGAAGUGUACAUUGAAGCUGAUGAGGUUGAGGUAGAGGGGUAGUUUUUCCCGCGUCUGAGUUUCCUGACAGAUUGUCCGUGGCGGCAUGUAGAUUUACUGAAGUACAUGUCCUCCUACAUUUGGUGCCGCUGGUCAAGAGCUAAUUUCGACAAGAUACCUCCGGGAAGGUUAGGAGUGAGAUUACUCGAGCAAUGAGCCGAAAGUCUCAACUUUGGCCUGCGCGUAUCUAUGAACAGUUCGCCUUCAGCAUCAGUGGUCGCUUAUCCGGGAUAAGCGAUAUGUGACCUCAUCUUCCGCAGCCUUUCUGUGCUGCUAUCUGCGUCACCAAAGGAUGAAAACAGAAAAUUGAGUUCACUGUAACGGUGUGACGUGCAUUCAGCAGCUUAAAAAGCACAUGAAGUUUUACGCUCAUUGUAUAUACUCUUAAUCAGGUCCCGCUUAAAGCGCUAGAUAUAGCCAGGAAGCCGGGCAUUUUUCGUCUGGAUUCCUGGAUAUAGCCAGCAUUUAACCAGAACCUGAUUAAGAAUGUAUGCAAGGGUGUACGUUAAAGGAUAGUUCAGCGCAGCGUUUGCGGUAGUAGCGGUUGUGAAUACAUGGCUAGGCGCGCAGAAUAGCGAAGGAUUAAAUAUUUGUGCUUUCCAUGUUAGCCUGCCAUGGAAGCUGUAACAAGUCAGUGAGACAAAGCUCCAUGCUCCAUGACUGGCUUGUCAUGACGUCAUCGCAAGCAUCAUCGUGCAUCGAUGUGCUUAUCACUGGGGCUUCGAAUAGCGUCUUAAGAACUGGGGCCUUGAGGAAAAAAAAAAAGGAAUAAUUCUGUGCAGUGGGCGCAGAGAUCGACAGAACGCGAAAGAGCCGGUAUUGGCCACGACUGACGUCAUUGCAAAUCGUCAGCGUGACAACCAUACACAGGAACGUUGAACUCAGGAUUUACUACUGCUUGUGUGCCUGUUAUAGCGUCAGUUGUGCUUGAGGAUUUCUUCUUCUACAACCUUCACAAGAAAGAAACUUCGAACCUUUUUUUUUUCUAUUCCGUGCACGACAUGUUCAGGCCUGGGAAUUGUGGCUCGGAUGUUCGACAAGAAAGAACCGGAACAAACAGAACACACUCACUUGUGUUCCGUUUAGCUCGACGCAGUUUUCAUUUGUGUGUGAGGUCCCGCCGGGAAUGACUGAACAAAGCGUAUGUAUCUGUCGAGUUCGCGUCGGCAGCCGUUUUCCACCCCUCCUCUCAAUCUCAAGAGAUUUCUUUUUGAUAGUGCGUUGAGAUAUUUAUUUUACAUUGUUGUUAGAUUUUCUUGCGCGCGUUGGUGUUGAACGAAAACAAGCAUAUAAAUUAUGUCCUUUUUUAUUUUUGUGCUGACGAAAGCAACUUGAGGAUUUCCUAUAGCAAGGGCCCAUGUUAACAGUUAACAUGCCUAGAUGCACCUUUCUAUUAACAACGGGUAAAACAUGAGUCCUCGAGCUGUCACCACAUUGCGACAAGCUAAGAUGCUCUUAUCGCUGCAAAACUUACGCUUUUUGUGUCUGCUAAUCUAAGAGGAUGACGCUAUUGCUUCUUAUCAAUCUUUUUUAUUUAUUGAAUAUAUUUCUUACACGCGUCUUCUGUACGUUGUCUCGUGGUCUUUGGGGCACCGUUAUCCUUUCUUAACUUCUACGUGAGAUUUCUUGGUAUUCUUUAACCAAUCCUUACUCCCUUAUACUUUCCUUUUAUUCCUUCAACAGUACUUAUGUUCUACAUCAUGGUCACAGGCCUAUCGCAGUUCAACUAUUCAUCCACGAUUGCCGGCGCUUUGGUUGCUGGGUCUACAAAGAGAACCUUUUUGUGGGUUGUUUGUUUCUCAUCUUGUUAUAGCCAUGAAAACUUCGCAUCCGUAGUUUCACGUCGUGCGCACGGUAUUUUAGGCAUACGCUGCUUUCGCGGUAACCUUUCAUUAAAGAUGCGCUUUAUCGUGCUUUCGUGCAACUGCAGAUCACGAACUAAGUGCUUCAACUCCUUCGGGUGAUGAAGUCAUUAAACACUACGUUAAACACCGAAGACGCGUGACGCGAUGGUCAGUGUUACUACCUUGAGUUUGAUUUAAGAGUUGCAGCUCGAGAGCGCGAUAAACUAUACACCUUUAAUGUAAAAGUUACCGCGACAAAAUCGUAUGUUCGUCAAAUCAUAGUUUUUGUUUUCACAGUAUUUGGAUAUAAUCAUUUCGUACAUCACGCCAAUACCUAUGUCGUACGAAAGCAAACAAUUUACCCAGCUACUCCUUUCAGAAACUAAUGUUCUACCUUCCCCACUUCAAAAAACGCUUGUUCUCCAUGUGAAAUUGGGAGCAUGGCCUACCAGGUAUCGACUUUUGUCUAGAAACUACCACUCAUGUAUUUUUCGCUGGCUUUUACCUCGCCUAAUCUAAAGGUUCAUCACGAUCCACCGCUUCUUUCUGGCGACAAUACAUUACGCUUGCCGAUGCAACGUCCUUACCUAGAAGGCCUAGCCCAUUACAUCGUUGCAGCCAAUCUUCAGCGCACACUUUUAUCCAUCAAAGCUUUCCAUUUCUUUCGGGCUGUUUUCUUCCAGUUACACGGUUUAAAUGAGCCUCGCACAUUUCAGCAGCUAAUACGCCUUCAGCACACUAUGAAAUCGGUGCACCGACACUGCUAUACCUUACGCCCACCUUCGCCGUUUUACAGCGGAGUUGUAACACUCACACAGAAACAAGACAAAAACAAAAAACAAAACAAAAAAGCGUAAGAGCUUCAUCGCCCACGUUGACAUAAAAAUAAACGUCUACUUUCGGUAGUCUAUGAGACUUUCGCGCACAUUGUAUAUACAUUAUAUUGAGCAAUAAAUGUUGUUUCCACAUGUCAA